GUCGAGCGACGAGUCAUCGACCCGCGCGUCGGAGUGGCGGAAGCCGAGGGGGGCGCGCUUGCGUCCGUCCUGCUUUCUGGCGCUGGGUUCGGCUCUAUCCCUCGAAGCGCGGCGGCGGCGACGUGGAGGAAGCUUCUGACCAGCGUCUGGCAAGAGCAGCGCGUCAGGAACUCUAUUUUAAGAACCUUUCAAAACGCAAAAAAAACGAAGUCAUGGAGAAGAAUGGGAAUAACCGAAAGCUUCGGGUUUGCGUUGCUACUUGCAACCGUGCUGAUUAUUCUAAACUUGCCCCGAUCAUGUUUGGCAUUAAAACAGAACCUGAGUUCUUUGAACUUGAUGUGGUGGUACUUGGCUCUCACCUGAUAGAUGACUAUGGAAAUACAUAUCGCAUGAUUGAACAAGAUGACUUUGACAUUAACACCAGGCUACACACAAUUGUUAGAGGGGAAGAUGAGGCAGCCAUGGUGGAGUCAGUAGGCCUGGCCCUAGUGAAGUUACCAGAUGUCCUUAAUCGCCUGAAGCCUGAUAUUAUGAUUGUUCAUGGAGACAGAUUUGAUGCCCUGGCUCUGGCUACAUCUGCUGCCUUGAUGAACAUCCGAAUUCUUCACAUAGAAGGUGGGGAAGUCAGUGGGACCAUUGAUGACUCUAUCAGACAUGCCAUAACCAAACUGGCUCAUUAUCAUGUGUGCUGCACCCGAAGUGCAGAGCAACACCUGAUAUCCAUGUGUGAGGACCACGAUCGCAUCCUUUUGGCGGGCUGUCCUUCCUAUGACAAACUUCUCUCCGCCAAGAACAAAGACUAUAUGAGCAUCAUUCGGAUGUGGUUGGGUGAUGAUGUAAAAUCCAAAGAUUACAUUGUUGCACUACAGCACCCUGUGACCACUGACAUUAAGCAUUCCAUUAAAAUGUUUGAAUUAACAUUGGACGCACUUAUCUCAUUUAACAAGCGGACCCUAGUUCUAUUUCCAAAUAUUGAUGCAGGGAGCAAAGAGAUGGUUCGAGUGAUGCGGAAGAAGGGCAUUGAGCAUCAUCCCAAUUUCCGUGCAGUUAAACAUGUCCCAUUUGACCAGUUUAUACAGUUGGUUGCCCAUGCUGGUUGUAUGAUUGGGAAUAGCAGCUGCGGGGUACGAGAGGUCGGAGCUUUUGGAACACCUGUGAUCAAUCUGGGAACGCGUCAGAUUGGAAGAGAAACAGGAGAGAAUGUCCUUCAUGUCCGGGAUGCUGACACCCAAGACAAAAUAUUGCAAGCACUGCACCUUCAGUUUGGUAAACAGUACCCUUGUUCAAAGAUAUAUGGGGAUGGAAAUGCUGUUCCAAGGAUUUUGAAGUUUCUCAAAUCUAUUGAUCUUCAUGAACCACUACAAAAGAAAUUCUGCUUUCCUCCUGUAAAGGAGAAUAUCUCUCAAGAUAUUGACCACAUUCUUGAAACUCUAAGUGCCUUGGCUGUUGAUCUUGGUGGGACGAAUCUCCGAGUUGCGAUAGUUAGCAUGAAGGGUGAGAUAGUUAAGAAGUAUACUCAGUUCAACCCUAAAACCUAUGAAGAGAGAAUUAAUUUAAUCCUACAGAUGUGUGUGGAAGCUGCAGCAGAAGCUGUAAAACUGAACUGCAGAAUUUUGGGAGUAGGCAUUUCCACGGGUGGCCGUGUAAAUCCUCGGGAAGGAAUUGUGCUGCAUUCAACCAAAUUGAUCCAAGAGUGGAACUCUGUGGACCUCAGGACUCCCCUGUCUGACACUUUGCAUCUCCCUGUGUGGAUAGACAAUGAUGGCAACUGUGCUGCCCUGGCAGAAAGGAAAUUUGGCCAAGGAAAGGGACUGGAAAACUUUGUUACACUUAUCACAGGCACAGGAAUUGGUGGUGGAAUCAUCCAUCAUCAUGAAUUGAUCCAUGGAAGCUCCUUCUGUGCCGCAGAACUUGGCCACCUUGUUGUGUCUCUGGAUGGGCCUGAUUGUUCCUGUGGAAGCCAUGGGUGUAUUGAAGCAUAUGCCUCUGGAAUGGCCUUGCAGAGGGAAGCAAAAAAGCUACAUGAUGAAGACCUGCUCUUGGUGGAAGGGAUGUCAGUGCCAAAAGACGAAGCCGUGGGUGCACUCCAUCUCAUCCAGGCUGCAAAACUUGGCAAUGCAAAGGCCCAGAGCAUCUUAAGAACAGCUGGAACGGCUUUGGGUCUUGGGGUUGUGAACAUUCUCCACACUAUGAAUCCUUCCCUUGUGAUCCUCUCUGGAGUCCUGGCCAGUCACUACAUCCACACUGUCAAAGAUGUCAUCCGCCAGCAAGCCUUGUCCUCAGUGCAGGACGUGGAUGUGGUGGUUUCUGAUUUGGUGGAUCCUGCCCUGCUCGGUGCUGCCAGCAUGGUUCUGGACUACACGACUCGAAGGAUCUAUUAGGCCUUCCAGGAAUGGACAUAGACCGAAACUCGAGAGCUCCCUACUGGAAUCAAGUUCUUGUCUUUUAGAUGAGCCAUUUCUUAAAAAGCAAAUUUAGUACUCAACUGCAGGUGACUUUGGCAGAGAAGUGUUUUUGCUUUUCGUCUCCUCUUCGAAAGUCACCUUUCCCAACCCCCAUUUUUCUAAGUGUUGCUCUUUCUGAUGUUUUCCUAAUAGGCGUCAUUUUAGGUCAAAUCCUGUAAGUUCCAAUCACAAUUUUCUGUGCCAGAAGGACUCUGCUUACUAAUGCACCACUUACACCUGCAGGCCUUGCUUGGGAUGUGAGCUUCAUUUUCAAGUUUGGAUAACAAUCCUUCCUCCCAAGCUCAGGUCACAGAAGGGGAACAGAAGGAACUCUUACCAGGAAAAGCUGAAGUAAACUUUUUUUUAAAACAGCUUCAUUGAGAUAUUUUUUAAAGUGUACAAUUUGAUAAGCUUUGACACAUGUAUAUAUCUGUGAAAUCAUCUCUGUAAUCAAGACAUUGGAGAUCUGUCACCCCCAAAUGUCAUUUGUUGAAAGAUGUUGUAACUUCCUCUAGCAGAACUUGUAAGAGACUUUAGACCAGGGAUCUGAAUUACAGUGGCCUUAGUGACCUUGUCCUUAUCUUCUUAGGGACAGGUGAGAAACCACUAGACUUACAGCCUCUGAAAGGAGAUUAACUAUCCCAAAAGGAUCUUUCCUACUGACCAGCAGACUCCCUUCAAUAGCUUUUUAAACUAUAUUGAGUAUGACCCUAGAUUGUCUAUUAAGACUGUUUGUGUUAUACCUAGAGCCCAGAUCUGUGAGUCUGGAUUCUGGCAAAGAAAGAAUCUAUGCUUUCGCUAGUGUCAAAAUAUUAAAGCCAAAUUUCUGGCUAUUAAUUGCAAUGUAGAAGAAAUACUAACAUCCACCACUUCUUAAGUGCCUACUGUGUGCCAGGCUCUAAACUAGGUGCUUCAUAUAUAUUAUCAUAAAUUGUCACAACCUGUGAGGUAGGUGUUUAAAUUCCUGUUUUAUAGAAACCAAAAGUGACAAACAUAAAGCUAUGGGGCUAGUAAGUUUUAGAGGGUUUGAUCCCAUGUCCCCCUGUGCUUUUUCUGCUAAGCCACACAAGCUCUCAUUUAAAAAACACUUUCAAAAUGCUAAUACAUUCUCAUGUACUCAAGGCUACCAAAAGAUUUAAUAAGAAUAUCUGAUUUGCAAAUGACUUGAUUUAUUUUUGACCCUAUCUCUGUGCUGUGAAUCUAAUCAAAUAUUCCUUUCCUCUCUGCAAUGGAAGUGUUGCCAAUACAGUAUUUGGUCUAAUCUAAAAAAGGAUAUGCAUAAAUUUUUCAGAUGGUUUUUUAUUUUAGGAAAAUGAAGGUUUCUACAAUGUAUUGUCUCAGUGUUAACAUAUAAAAUGAAGGAAUCAAAAUCCUAUUUCAACUACUUCCUUUCUGUUGGGUUAAUAUGAAGAAAAAUUGGUUGGGUGAUUCCUAGAACUUUACCAGCCCUUAAAUAAUCUCCAGGGACUGGUUAUUGUUCCAAUAUUCCAGGGUGACUCCUAGGAAAGGAAGCUCAGCUGUUCAGCCAUCAGUGUCUAGGGUGAGAUAAUGUAUCCUGAAGGGACACCAGUCAUUCCUUGAUGAAAUCUGUAACUGCUCUGUACACCAACAAUUGCAUUGCUGCCACAUUUCAUACUAAAUAUUAGAAAGGAUGAUGGUACUGAAUGUAAAACCAAAUCUUAGUUUUUAUUAAAUUCAUGAAAAGGCUAAUAUAU